GGUGAAUUCAUGGAGGUUGUGAGAUAAUUGUGUGGGCGUUUGAGGUGUUAUUGGCUUCAUAUAUGUUUUCUAAUGUACAUUCUCGGCCAAGCUCUCGUGGUGCUGUCAGUGUUUGCAGUGUUGGCAGAGCCAUUCUUCCACCACCGAAGACCUCGCUGCCAACCAAGGGUCAAAUACAUCACCCUUUACGAGACCUUUUAUCAGCAGGUUCCGGUGUACGAGACAGUAUACAAAGAUCAUUACGUCCCCACAACCCUCUACGAUACACAAUACCACACUGAAUACGACACACAGUACUAUGCCCAGUACGUCCCCAAGUACAUAACAGAGACUGUGUACAAAACAGACGUUCAGUACAUCACCCAAGACAAGUAUCAAACGGUUUACAAAACCCAGUAUGUCACCAGUGCAGUUUAUGUACCCAAAUACGUCACAGAAACCGACUAUAAAACCAAGUAUGUGACUCAGCCCCAGUACAAUACCAUCUACAAUACCGAAUUCGUACCCAAGUACCUGACGGAGACUCAGGUGAAGUUCCAAACCCAAUACCAGACCCAAUUCGUGCCGCAGUACAUCACAGUCACCGAGACGAAACCUCACUAUAAGACCUAUUGCCCGGAGUCGUCUUAUGGGUCUUAAAAAGUCUCCUAAACUUUCCUCUUUUAGUAGAUUUUUAUUUUAUUUCUACUUUCAUUAAAACAAUACCAAUGGACAAAUAUUCAUUGGCAAUGUUUGCUGUUGUUCUUAAAAUUGUUUUGUAGACCCAAAGAGAUUGUUGAAAUAUUGUAAACGUCAUAUAGCUUUUUGUACAUGUUUUGUAUAAAUAAAGGAUAGAUGAAAUAUA